AGCCCAAACCAUUCUGGGAUCUUCAGUUGGAUCAAAAGAAAGCUACGUGUUUAAGCUUUAUUUUAGGCAAAUGGCAAUGGACAAUAGGUCUGGAAAGAAUAGAGGCCAUAAAUUUGUCCAGACACUACAAAAUAAGUUACAAAGUUUUCUUGGAAGUCAUGGGAUUUUGUUGGCCACGGAUUCCUUAAGGCAACUAAGUCUCUAGCUGAGGCAACCAACGAAGAGAUUGAAUCCAUUGGCCAGGCAAUUGGUGCCUUUGUGCUGUCCCUGUGCCAGUGAGGGCUGGAAUGGACACCAGGCAUUGGGACUGUGCGACAUUUAUCACAGGCACACACAGGAGUCUCUGCAGAAUGGCAACUGCUCAGAAGCAAAGGAAUUCUGUGAGUGCAAUUGUAUUUCCCAAGAAAAUAGCCACAGAGCAGCAAUCCCUGAUGCUGGUGAAGAGGCUCCUGGCAGUGGCAGUGUCCUGCAUCACGUACCUGAGGGGAAUCUUUCCUGAAAGUGCCUAUGGAACCAGAUACAUGGAUGAUGUCUGUGUCAAAAUUCUGCGGGAAGACAAAAACUGUCCUGGCUCUACCCAGCUGGUGAAAUGGAUGCUAGGAUGCUAUGAUGCCUUGCAGAAGAAAUAUCUGAGACAUAUUGUCCUAGCAGUCUGUACCCAGCUGGACGAUCCUCAGACAGUCACAGAGUGUUACCACUUCAAGUUCACGUACACCCACAAAGGGCCGCUCCUGGAUUUUGGCAGCAAGGACAAGAAGGCAGACUCCACCAUCACCUGUGCAGACACCAAGAAGGCCAGCAUCCUCCUCCUCCGCAAGAUCUACAUCCUGAUGCAGAACCUGAGCCCUCUGCCCAACGAUGUCUGCCUCACCAUGAAACUCCUGUACUAUGAUGAGGUUACACCCCCUGAUUACCAGCCUCCAGGGUUCAAGGAGGCCAGGGAUGAGGGGCUGAUGUUUAAUAUGGAGCCCAUUUACCUGAACGUGGGGGAAGUGCCAACGCCUUUUCACAUGCUGAAAUUGAAAAUUACAACUGAGAAACAGCGCAUGGAGAAUGUUGAUAAGAACACCCUAAAGCAGGGAGAGACUGCUGAGCUUCUCCAGGUGUGUGGAGUGAGCAGAGAUGAUCCAGAAGAAGAGAGCCAGGACAUGAAAGAGAAUCCUGUCUUGGAUAAUGAAGAUAAGAAUCAUGUAAAUACUUCAGAAGCUCAAGAAAAGAAUUCAACUCAUGAAGAGGAAGCUGGAGGGAUCCAGACUCCCCCCUGUGUUUCUAAUUCUCAGGUUGAUCAUUUGACCCAUAAAACGUCUGAGCUGAUUGUGUCAGAGAGCAGGACAAGAAGUGGAAAGAUAUUCCAAAGCUGCAUUGUGCAGCAGGCUGAGCUCUCCUCCAGCCAGGAUAUGCUGCCCAAAAGGAGGAAGCUCAGCGAGCCCAAGGAGCAGUUUUAGCCGCCCACCACCGCUGGCCUGAGUUCUCUGCUCCCAUUCUCUUGUUCCACGUCGCUGUUGGGUUUUAAGGAUCUGUUCUGCUCCAUUAGCAGUCCCCCAGGAGCGUGUUUUAAGGAAGGAAAACGUCAGGAAGCCCAGCUGAAGAAUUUCAAACUGAUUUUGUACAGGACCAUCAGGCAGCGCCAGAAAUCCUCGGAUUUGGGGGUUUGUGGGUUGGCUCCAGGUCCUGAUGGUGAUGGAGGAAAUUCAUCCCCCCAGCACAAGGUUUCAGCAGUGCCUUUGGGCUGUGGUUCCGAGCUCAGAGCCUGCCUUGCCCCAGAACCCCUCCAGUUUUGGGGUGAUUUCCAGAGCUUUCCAAAGGGCUGGGCUGUCAGUUACAGGUUGUUAAGAGUUUUGGGGUUACAGUGUUUGCUUUUCCUACCGGGACAGUUGGAGGAGUUGGAUGCUUUGCAUUUCUGCCAGACCAGAAGCACCAUACUCAGGUGAAAAUCCAGCCCUCUUCAUGCCUUAAAUUCCAGCCUCCCUGCCAGAGAAGGCAGGAAUCUCUCAUGCCAGGUCUCCAGGCCAGGAAGAGCCGUGGCAGAGGCUGUUUCAGGGUGUCAGAGCACGGGGAGAACCUGCGUGUCCUUGGAACGAUUUCUGGCACAGCUUUCUCCUCCAACACCGAACCCUUCCCUGUCCGGCUGCCGUCGGGAAUGGAGGCACGGGCGGGGACAGCUGCACGAUUCUUGGCGGUUUUGGCUUUGCAAUUAAGAAUGUUCAUCAUCAGUCCUCUAUUAAACGGCGUUCGCCUUCGGCA